AUGGCGACCAAUUUUAACGACAUCAUCAAGCAAGGCUACGUGAGGAUGAAGAGCAAGAAGCUGGGGAUCUACCGGCGCUGCUGGUUGGUCUUCCGCAAAUCGUCCAGCAAAGGGCCCCAGCGCCUGGAGAAGUACCCGGAUGAGAAGUCUGCCUGCCUGCGUGGGUGCCCUAAGGUCACUGAGGUCAGCAAUGUGAAGUGCAUCACCAGGCUGCCCAAGGAGACCAAGAGGCAGGCCGUGGCCAUCGUCUUCACUGAUGACUCCGCCAGGACCUUCACCUGCGACUCAGAGCUGGAGGCAGAGGAGUGGUACAAGACUCUGUCACUGGAGUGCCUGGGUGCCCGCCUCAACGACAUCAGCCUGGGGGAGCCAGACCUGCUGGCACCUGGCGUGCAGAGUGAGCAGACGGACCGCUUCAACGUCUUCCUCCUCCCUUGCCCCAACCUGGAUGUUUACGGCGAGUGCAAGCUGCAGAUCACCCAGGAGAACAUCUACCUCUGGGACAGGCACAACCCCCGCCUCAAGCUGGUCUCCUGGCCCCUCUGCUCCCUGCGCCGCUACGGCCGCGAUGCCACCCGCUUCACCUUUGAGGCUGGACGGAUGUGUGAUGCAGGGGAAGGUCUCUACACCUUCCAGACACAGGAGGGGGAGCAGAUCUACCAGCGGGUGCACAGUGCCACCUUGGCCAUCGCCGAGCAGCACAAGAGGGUCCUGCUGGAGAUGGAGAAGAACGUCAGGCUGCUGAACAAGGGCACUGAGCACUUCUCCUACCCCUGCACCCCCACCACCAUGCUGCCCCGCAGCGCCUACUGGCACCACAUCACCGGCUCCCAGAACAUGGCUGAGUCCUCCACCUAUGCUGGGGAAGCCUACCCAGGUGCCCAGGCCAGCUCGGACACCGACCUCCUCAACAGGUUCAUCUUGCUGAAGCCAAAGUCCUCCACAAGUGACCAACCUGCAAGCAGGGAGCCCACAGCAACCCCAUGA